AUGGUUGCGUUCUUCAAGAGAAAUCGGGUAGAGAUUGUGCGUGAAGAGGGCGAAACAAAGCAAGAAGCAAAGGAGAGAGUUAUGAAUGUGGUUAGGGAUAAUGUUAUUGUUUUGUUGUUGCAGAUGAGAAGUCCUGAGAAGGUAGGGUUGAGAUGGGUAGGUAGAGAGGGCUUAGGUGAUUUGUGA